AUGGCUAUGACCUCAGCGAAAGAUCGAUCCAGGGGAGGUGGAUGGGUGGGAGGGGAGAAAGAACGGGCGGAACGGCCGAAGCGCCGCCCCUCCGCAGCAGUGGCAGGGAACCCUAAUGAGCAGUCUAGGGCGCCCCGGCGGAUCCACAUCCACUUAUGUAGUGGGCGCUCCACCCGCGGGCCUGGGCUCCGGGCCGGGGAAACAGGCCUGGGCUGCACCAAAUUAGCCCCUGCCGCGGGCACCCCUCCCUCCGCAAUGGGCGCCAACUGGGCCGCGCGAACCGAGCGGCCCGCGUCUGCACCCAGGCCCACCAGCCCAACCUGGCCGCCGGCGCCAACCCUAGGCCAGGGAUCGGGCAACUCCGCCGCCACCUCCUGCGCCCCUGCCGGCGCCGCCGCCCCAGCCACCGGCUCCAGCGCGGGCCCCGAGACCUGUCGGAAGGGGCCGCCGCCACCACUGCCGGCUUGGCACGCCGGACCUCCCGACCUGCCAGCGGCCGCGGCGUCUCCGCCACGGACCGCAGCGAUGCCCUCCCCGGCCUCCCUGGCCGACGGGCACCACGGCCACCAGGCACGAACGCCCGACGCUGCCACGCUCUGA